AUGGAAAUGUCAUGGUUACAAAGGAAGUCUGUAAAUGAGCAACAUGUCAUCGAAUUAUGUGAGAAAAGUUUGGAAGCGUUACCAUCAACGAGUAAGCUGGUCGAAAGUAUUCAGGCAAAAUCAUAUGCAGUUGUCGGGGGCCAUAAACAAUUCAAACUUGAUUCGGAACUAGUCGGAAAGCAGUACCAUUCAAUGCUGAAAGAUAAAGGAUAUACGGACAGAGAGAUGGCAAUAACCUGGAGUACAUUUAUUCAGACUCUUGCAGAGGCUGAGAUGGAAAUCAUUCAGUUAGACAAUUCAUUGUCAGAAGAAGAGAAGAAAAAGGAAAGAGAGGAAAACAAGCAAGAAAUACAGCGAAUGGUACACGAAAUGGAAGAACAAAACAAACAGUUACUCGAAGAACAGCGGAAAACUUACACAGCCCAGCAAAAGAAGAUUGAGGACGAACGAGACAAGCAAGACCGGCAACACCAAGAGAAAAUGACUAACCUCAUACAAAAGAUAGCAGAUCUUGAGACAGACAAGGAUGAACGUCAGUUCCUACAACAAAGAAUUCUACUUCUGGAAGAAGAAGACAAAAACAAAAGAAAAGAGGAAAGGCAAUGGCGAAUUAACGAGCAGCGAAGACGAGAUGAGAUAGAACGGAAAAGAGAGGAACAUUGGCAACAAUCGCAAAAAGAUGAAAAGAAACGACAUGAGACAGCUACAAAACAAAUGCUGGAUUUAAUGGAGAGGAUACAAAAGACAAACGAAGAUAAAGAAGCUGAGACAGCCCAGGGCUUUGACAUGAUUGGAGACCCAGAUAAGUUUAGACUGUGGCAGCCCGACAGAUUUUCAGCACAGAAACGUUUGAACCGAGCCUCUGUCAUUUUGCUCGAGUUUGGAUUACGUAUGAAACUCAUGUCGACUUUGCGCCAUAGCUCUGGUGCAUUCCCAACCUUUGCAAACAUUCGGCACAUCUUCUGA